AUGCACACAAUUUUCCCGGCUGCGUUGCUAGCAGGUUACGUCGUAGCCUUCGUUGCCGCCGACGCCACCAACACGCUAGCUCAUGACAGCACGCUUUGGUGCCACGACAUACAGUACCUGGAAGCGAUUCUAGCAGCGAUAGACAAAGAAAUGAACAACCGGCAAAAGCAGCUACAAGUUGACGCUGAAUUAAUAGCCAAAUGGAAGCUGGCUGAAGCAGCAGCGGAACAAUGGCAUGAACGACGGAAGUACACGGCACUCUCGGUUGUAAUAGCAACAUUAGCAAGCAAAAACAGCGAAGCCGCAACUGAAUACCUCAGCGCUGCAGCAGAAGCCAAAAAAGCAAUAAACCGGCGCCUUGAGGCCUUGCAGCUAGUGGCUCGGACGACAUCAGCUCUGAAGCAGACAGUAACAGGUGCGCCGCAAGCAGCAUCAGCGAACGCUGCGUGCCAGGGGUCAACCGAGUACGCGAGUGAAGCCGAAUUCACAUGCGCGCCACCAGAAGCAGGCGAACUAAAGACGGCAGAAGUGCAAACGAAGCUCCACACCGCGACGCACAUCAAGCUUACCAGCUUUAAAGCGCUAAACGAAUUGGUUGCGGCUCCAAAAAUAACGAUAACCGCCACGGCCGGUACAACACCGUUUGCAAGCCCGGGACAAACGCCGGGAACUUGCCAAACCAGCGGCGGGCAGAACAUCGCAGCAGGAACCAACCAUGUCCAGUACGCGGUAAGCUCAGCAACUGUGCUGAAAACCCAGACGCCAGCGGCACAACCAAUCGACUCUGACUCCGAAAGACCAGAGGAACCAACAGCCAAAAAGGCAACUGUAACCGCAUGGCUGGACAUCAAGUUUGUGACCGCAGCCUUGAAGAACCUGAAGACCGCCUAUAACCAAAAACAGAUAGACUUAAGCCAAGCGACUCAUAGCACGCUAGCGGGGCUAGCUGGCUUCAAAACCGUCAUAGCAAACCUGUUUGUCGGCGCCGAACCUCCUGCAAACAACCAAGAGACAGAAUACAACAAUAAAAUAGCAGACAUAAUCAAGCAAACCUAUGGCCCCGAACCGGGGGACUUCAAAAGAAAAUUUGUAACCGAACUAGCCAACCAAGACGUCAAGUACACCAAAGCAGGCAACGAACAAGAGAAGAAACUUGGUGCUCUAAGUAAAGGUGCCGACUUAUCUAUUGCACUUAGUUUUAUAAUUAACAAGCGCCACGAAUCUCAAUUACAAAAAGCAGCAAAAGCUGUUUCGACAGUGCCCAAACAAAACUGCACAGGCAAAACAAAGGAAAAGUGCAAAGACGCCUGUGAGUGGAAAGGCACUGAUGACAAAGGGGAGUGCAAACCUAAAGAUGAAGAAGGACAGACAAACGCAGCGGGAACACAGGGCGCUGAAACAGAAGGCAAAGAUGACAAAAACAACACAAACACCACAGGAAGCAAUUCUUUUGUCAUUCAUAAGGCCCCUCUUUUGCUUGCAGUUUUUGUUUCGAUAAUUUAUUUUCUAAAAAUUUCUGCUCAAUUUUAA